AUGAAUGCAUCCAUCGGCGCUGAUCAGAGCGGACUCUCGGACCUAUCGGCAGCAUCCGAUCUGAGCAUGGCCGAAUACUUCGCCGACGAUUCGCCCCUUCUGACCGACCAGCAGGAGCACCGCACCACACAACCAUCGUCGGCCGUCUUGUCGCCACCUUCUUCAUCUCGCCUUGCUCCAACUACACCCGUGCCUCGCGUCUCGAGAUCCUCACCUGGUCCUGUCGGCCUCACUCCGGCAAAACUGGGCGGCGAAUCUAGUGCGGCAUGGACUCCAAGCCCGGAUGCUUCGUCAUCGCGCUCCGCCACACGCCUGAGCGUCGCGCGCAAAGCAUCACCUAGAAUGGCCAAGGACGCCAACGAGAGCAUGGGGUCCAGCCUGGGCACCUUCGACUACAGCAAUGCAUCCUUCAGCGAGAGCUUCCUUCGACAGGCAGGUGCGCAUAUGCUCGCGGGCCUGGAUGAAGCCACACAGCGUUCAUCUCCCUCGCCCUCCUCUUCAUCACCACGCUACCGCACCUCCUCUUCACCCACGGUCACCGCAAGACCGCUCCGACCAGAUCCCAGAACGCCAUUCACAGGCAAGAGUCUGCGCACCCGCAUGGCAGAGGCUGGCAUGCUCGACAGCCCAGCCUCCUCCGACGGCAGUAGCCCCAGUUGCAGUCCGACCGUCAGAACAGGAUACAAUGGCACGCAGGUGCAGCUUGGGGAAGAGGACAUCCAGGACGCCCAGCCGUCUCCCGACGCGUCUCUGUCACCAACGCGCUCACCUGCAUCUUCUCAUCAACCCGGACCAGCCUUGCACUCGCCUAGUAUCGCUUCAAGACUCCAUCAAGCCAAUGACUACAGCACGGAGCUCGCAGCGCACGGCGACUGGCAGGAGGGGCUCUCCAUGGUGCCCGAGGAAUCGUACAUUCAAGACACUUCCAGCAUACCGGCUUCUCCCGCAAAUCAAUCAGACAGUGCCAAGCUUCAGCACGACUCCUCGGCGCAGGAUGUUGUCGAGCAAGAAAACUCUGCAAAUGCCUCCACGCACUCUUUGCCGUAUUCAGACGCCUCCAAAGCAGUCGAGCUUCCACCGCUUCCAGGACAGGUGACCCCUUCGCCCAAUCGAGCCGUCCUGAAUCCGCUCGGCGAAUCCAGCAGUCCAGCUCAAUCCAAAGCAGCAUCUCCUUCCCCUCUACCUCAGUCGAAGCCGCCAACACCACAGUCGGCACCUCGUUCGACUAACACUCCCAAGUCGUUUAUGCGUCUCCGCAUGGUGACGCCCGCCAGGUCGUCGCCCUUGUCACGUGUCGUCAACUUCUCUCCAGCAUCGUCUUCUUCCUCGCGUCAGUGGCAGAGUCCCAGCAGCCAUGCAAGUACGGAGGGCGCGACAGCCAAUGUCACUUCUCCCCGUGACUGGCCGCACGGAGGCACCUCUCGCAUCUUGCCUUCUAGCCCCUUGGCUGGCGCACCGCGCAGGAUGGACUCACCGUCGAUCAGCUUCAGCUCUGCCAGAAAUGCUCCUCAGACACCAAGCAGCACGGAAAAAGCGGCGAGUCAAGACAGGUCACUUGCGACUCCAGCAGAACGGUCUUUUAUUGAAAGCCCAGCGAAGGAGAGCUAUGCGUCACCCUAUCCGGAAACACCCCAAGGCGGGUUGGAUGUCAUUAAAGCUGCAAGCACACCAUCUCAUAUGUGGUCUCCCGCAACAUCUGCCUCCUUUGCUACUCCCGCCUCGCAGCGCCCUCAGCAAGCGACAGCCACGCCACAUGUCUCCUCUCCAGCGGAAAAGCUUGCAAUACACGCAAGCCUCACUCCGGAAGCUGCUUUCGGCACGCCGAAAUGGAGUCCUUCACCCGCUCCAGCAGCAGCGCAGCCAAGGGAUGGCAUCAAGGAUGCGGUCGCAUCGCCUCAGGCAACGUCUGAAUCGCCGCAGAUCGACGAACACGACUCGCGCUCCUUGUCGUCGUCGUGCUCGUCAUCGUCCGGCAGAAAGCAGAGUGGCUGUACCGACAGCUCGCGCGAGGUCGAGCCUGCUGCCGACACGAGCAGCGACGCUGCCAAAGCGCAUCCCGACGUAUCGACCAAGAGGGAGCGCGAGGUGUCGCUGUGGUCUCCGCAGCACUCGGACUCUCCCUCAGCGGCGCGCUUUUCGCGCAUGCAGCUGGCGCGGCUGCCCACCAAGCCUGUGGCCGAACUCGGCGUGGCAGAGCUGGCAGGCGUGGCGUCGGCGUUCGACUCGCUGGCCGAGCUCUCGGACUCGCGCGUGGCGCGGCUGCUGGCACAGCUGCAGGCGUCGACCGCCUACAUCGACUCGCUCGAGACCGCGCUCGACGCCAAGGAGCGCGACGAGGCACAUCUGCGCGCCACCUGGGACGCCAAGGAUGCCGAUCUCGACGAGGUGCGCGCAGCACUCACGCAGCUCUCGGCGCAGUACGCCGAGCUGGUGGCAGACGCCGAGGCCAAAGACGCGCGCAUGCAAGGGCUGGUCGACCAGCUUCAGGGCAAAGUCGAGCGUGCGGGAGGACAGCGUGAUGCGGAGCUCGAGAGACAGCUCGAGGAAGAGCGGAGGCUACGCGAGGUGGAGCGGCGCGACUUUGAGGUGCGCAUGCGAGCCAUCCGAUCUGCACCCACCACGUGUGGGGCGCACGAUUCACCGGCACCGACAGCGGACGGUGGUGUCGGUGCAGAGAGGGCGAGCGAGAUCGAGCAGGCGAAAGCGGAACUGCGCGCGACUCUCGAGAAGGACUUUGCCCUCGAGGAACAGCUUGCCUCUCGCAGCCUUUCUGGCGCGGCCGCAGACGAGAGGCUGACUGCAGGCAACGAGGUGGAGCUGCAGCGUGAGGUCGAAUCCUUGACCGCCGAGCUCGACCGGCGCUUUGAAGAGCUGUGCGACGUGCGCGCCGAGCUCGGCGACGUCGCUGCGCAGCGCGACGCAGCCGAGGACCACGCCGCCCAGCUCGAGGAAGAUCUCGCCGAAUCAGCCGCGAGCUCUGAGCUUGCAACAUUACGCGAGCAACUUGCCGGAAAGAAUGCGGAAUUCGCUCAACUCGACGCGGAGCUAGCUACCCUGCGUUUGGAGCUUGCCGACAAGGACGCAAAACUUGUUCGCCUUGGCGAGGAGCUGCUCUCCGCCCGCGCCGCGGUGAGAGAUGCGCAACCGCCGCCGCAGCCCGAGCCGCAGCAGGAGGAAACGACGCGCGGGUCGGAGCGGGUGGUGGUGCUGGAGCGCCAGCUGGCGAAUGCCGAGCUGGAGCUCGUGCGGCUGCGCAAGGCGCACGACGCACUGGCGCAGGACAACGUCCACUGGUCCAUCGCGCUCGCUGCCAAGCAGCUCGAGCUCGGCAUGGUCAAGCGCAACGCGCGCUUUGCGCUCAAGCAGCCCAAGCCCAACCUCCUCCCCGAAUCGCUCAAGGCCAGCAGGAAACCUCAAAAGUCCCAAGAGACGGACAAGGCUGACAAGGUGAAGAAGGUGGAUAAGGUGGAGAAGGUGCUUGAGGUGGCAGAGCCGGCAUUCCCCUCGGUGCCGACGUCGCAACCAGCUGCACCGAACCGCGCGCGCGAGCACGCACGUCAGCUUCUCGCGCAGCGUCGAGCACUUCUUGCGGCCUAG